GUAUUUGGAUAUCAACAACAGUCGGUGAAGUGGAACAACCGUUUGGGAAUGAUCGUUGUUAGUCCUGUAAAUUUGUGGGCUACGCUGUUGGCUACGUGAUUCGUAUGGGCAAACUCCUGGCCACACAACGAGAGGUGGUCAGUUCAUGAAAAGUUUCGCGUGAAGCACGUCGUUAGUGACUACAUUCUGUCGACAAGUCUGGUGAACAAGGUCUCCCUUCGCAUCCCUUCCACUCUCUCCGCUUGCCAGCGUGCCCUGUUUCAUCUGCUUGGCUUAAGCCCAAUGCCCUAAAUCAAGAAAGAAUUUCCCACCUGCUUCUGUACGUAGCGCUUCUGUGAACGUGAACCUUUUUGUCAGCUUCCUUGCCACUGCUCUGUGGAGCAUCGCGAUGCAUAGAUGAACGGUUUCCAAGUGCAUUUGAGAUUGUCAAGCACAAGAGAGGUGUUCUUAAUGUUCCUAUGUCCUUCGGAUCAGCAUGAACAGAAUUCGAUGCAGCGGAACUGAUUUUUCAGCUCAUGCAGGGUUGAUGUAUAUGGGGUUGUGAUCCCCAUGAAAGGAAGGACGUUCAAGUCACAAAUUGAAAGUAACACGGCCACCAGGGUAGGAGGAGAGUUGUCACUGGACGAGUUUCUCAACAGUAAGAGAUGCAGAGAGGAUUACAUAGAGUGCUUGGAAUAACGUGAGGGAGACUAUGGGCAACUCGCACUCCACUCGAGCGUUGUCUCGGGAAGAGGAGAAUCGAGUCAAACUGAGGUUUGAAAAGGUCACAGGGAAAGAUCAGCCGAAUUUAACGCCAAGAAAAUUCAACGACCUGCUUGGAAAUCCAGCUUAUGUGAAAGGGUUGUUCAAUUACAUCGACAAGGAUGGGGAUGGCAGCGUUAGUUGUAAGGAGCUUUGUGAGGGGAUCGAGUCAUUUAGGGCUUCUAAUACACCUAGUUCUAAACUUCGAGUUUUGUACAACUAUUACGAUUCAGACCAUGAUGGGAUGAUUUCUCAAUCAGAGGUUGCAGAUGCUAUGAGAGUUGCAAGUGGUGAAGACCUCUCGAAUUCCCAACUUGAGAAGCUUGUGCAUUCGAUAAUGGAGACUUUUGACGUGGACAAAGACGGAUUCUUGAACUUCAAGGAGUUCUGUUGCCUAAUGCGGAACGCAGGAUUGCAAUACAACUUAUGAAUCGAGUGGAUAAUGAAAUCACUUGCUUCACAUAACCGAACGGGACAUCAGCAUCAUAGCUACCUACAGAAGGACAAGCCCCAUAUCAAGUGUAUCAUUGUCACCGUUCUUCAAAAUCGUUUUUGCAAAGAUUUUUUAUUUAUUUAUUUAUUUAUUUUUUUAAUUCCACUGUAUCUGAUUGAGAACCAUUACGAAAUAGGACGGCGUAUAGGAUCUCCUCAUCCAAGCACUAUUCACGGACCUCGAUCUGUGAACGUCCAAGUGAGUUCGAUUAACUCCCUCCAUGAUCAGCAUUCUUCUGUGGCAGUACAACAUUCAACUCUCAAUUUCAUUCUCUCGCUAAGUACAGUUCUUAAGUUGAUCUGUUGUGCAGAUACAUCGUCUUUAUGAUUGACAAAAAAACCAGUGUUUGUAGAAUAAGAUGCCAAGUCAUUAUAAA